AUGUUCAACCGCCCAGGAAUCGCGUCUAUGUCUCUGGGCCGGCCGUGGAUCCACGACCUCCCUGGCAAGCUGAUGCAGGCUGCCGCUCACGGCUUUGAGGGCAUCGAGCUCUUCUUCGAUGAUCUCGACUGCUAUGCCCAGCGAGUCUUCAAUGGCGACCACCUCGAGGCUUCCCGUCAAGUACGCCGACUCUGUGAGCGUCUUGGCCUGACGAUCAUCUGUCUUCAGCCGUUCUCCAUGUAUGAGGGCCUGCUCGACCGGGCAGAGUCUGACCGUUUAGUGAAUGAAAAGCUUCCCAAAUGGUUUGCACUGGCUCGGGCGUUGAACACAGAUAUGAUUCAGGUUCCUUCAAACUUCCUCGGUCCUGAUCCCAAGACCGGGGCCCCGCGGACCACCGGGGACCGGGCCGUCAUCGUUCGUGAUCUUCAGCGGCUCGCUGAUCUGGGCGCUGGAGCUGGUUUCCGCUUCGUAUACGAGGCUCUUUGCUGGGGCGAUCACGUCAACACCUGGGAAGCUUCAUGGGAGGUUGUCCGUGAUGUCGACCGUCCUAACUUCGGUCUGUGCCUGGACUCGUUCAACAUUGCUGGCCGUGUAUAUGCCGACCCGGCCUCUCCCACUGGCCAGACCCCCAAUGCUGCUGCAGACCUCGCCGCGUCCCUGGAGCGCCUGCGCACCGCAAAUAUCGACCCCGCCAAGAUCUUCUAUGUGCAGCUCGUCGACGGCGAGCGCCUCACGGCCCCUCUGACCGAGGACCACCCCUUCCACGUUGACGGCCAACCCGUCCGUAUGUCCUGGUCCCGCAAUGCCCGUCUCUUCCCAUUUGAGGAGGACCGGGGUGGCUACUUGCCCAUUCUCGACGUUGCCCGUGUAUUUUUCGAUGACCUUGGUUUCCGUGGCUGGGUCUCUCUUGAGCUUUUCAGCCGCACUCUCGCUGACCCUGAUCCAUUCACUCCCGCUGAACAUGCUCGUCGGGGUAUCGACUCAUACUACAAGAUGGGCCGCGUCCUGCAAUGGGAGGGUCAGGCUCCCAAGAGCACCGCUACUAUUCCGGAGCCGUCUUCUCCUGUGCAGCACCGUCUGUAA